UGAGGUGUACGAAGAAAUGUACAAGCCAAGUGUUACGCGCCUCACGAAGGGUGCCGGACUUGGUGUUUUUCUAUGCUUCUUUCUUUACCUGUGUUCUGGUUUGUUUGGCUACCUGGACUUUGGCCCGGCAUUGACAGGCUCCGUCCUGAAGCGGUACAACCCGAUAGAGGACAAGAUGAUGGGGGUUGCUUAUGCGGGUAUGGUAUUAAAACUGUGUGUUGGAUACGGGCUACACAUGAUUCCAGUGCGUGAGGCUGUUUACCACGUGCUCCACAUUGAUGUGAAGACGAUUGGAUGGUGGAAGAACGCACUGGUCUGUGGCUUUAUGGCGACGCUGUCACUCAUUGGUGGCCUAUUUAUUCCCAGCAUCACGAUUGUGUUUGGCCUUGUUGGCGGGUUCUCUGGGGGCUUCAUUGGCUUUAUCUUCCCUGCCCUGCUGUACAUGUACAGCGGCAACUGGACACUGCAGUCGGUUGGGUACUUUCACUACAUCGGGACGCACUUUCUGCUGUUUGUCGGUGUGAUCGGUGUUGUGUUUGGGACCGCAUUUGCCGCUUACGGUGAGGCGAUGCAUUGA